UUGCAUUUGAAAUUGUGCGUGCGCAAGGUGUACGCUGCUUCAGCAGCGAUGGCGUGUUUGUUAUGUGAGCUCUAAAAACUUUCGUAAAAUCUGUGUUCUAAGUGUUAUGUAUGUAGUAGAUUUAUCAGUGCAAAUGGUGAAAAUUUUAAGUGAGGAUUUUUCGGUUAGCUAACAUCACGUAUUUUGGGAUAAUGGAGUUAAAACUGCAUUCUCCCGCUGGGGCUGAACCCGUACUCUAUACUUGGCCGUUAACCUCUGGUCGAGGAAACGAUAAGCACGAUGGUGCAAUAGAAAUUGUUGAGACAAUCAGAUGGGUUUGCGAAGAUCUUCCUGAAUUAAAACUGCCAUUAGAGAACAACAUUCUUUGCAACUAUGACACUCAGAGCUAUGAUAGUAUGAAAUCAUUAUGUGAUAAGUUCAACAGAGCGAUUGACAGUGUUGUUGCUUUGGAGAAAGGAACAUCAUUAUCGGCUCAUCGGACAUCCAACUAUCCAUCCAGAGGUCUUCUGAGACAUAUCCUACAGCAAACAUACAACACCGCAGUAACGGAUCCAGACAAGUUGAACCAGUACGAACCAUUUUCGCCUGAAGUCUACGGUGAAACAUCCUAUGAUCUAGUAUGUCAGAUGAUAGAUCAGAUCGAAAUAACUUCUGACGAUGUAUUUAUUGAUCUCGGCUCCGGAGUUGGACAGGUCGUCCUUCAGAUGGCAGCAGCUACACCUUGCAAAAUAUGUCUCGGGAUUGAACGUGCAGAAGUACCCAGUCGGUAUGCAGAGAGUAUGAAUAGAAAUUUUCGCACUUGGAUGCAGUGGUACGGAAAAAAGUACGGCGAAUACAAACUUCUGAAAGGAGACUUCCUAACAGAAGAACAUAGAGAGAAAAUUAACCAAGCUACUAUUGUGUUCGUUAACAACUUCGCUUUUGGGCCAGCAGUUGACCACCAAUUGAAGGAAAGAUUUGCUGAUUUGAAAGACGGAGCAAAGAUAGUUUCUUCAAAAAGUUUCUGUCCAUUGAAUUUUAGAAUUACUGACCGGAACCUUAGUGAUAUUGGUACCAUUAUGCACGUAUCAGAAAUGUCGCCGCUAAGAGGAUCAGUCUCAUGGACGGGGAAACCUGUUUCCUAUUAUCUACACCUCAUUGAUCGCACCAAGUUGGAAAGGUAUUUCCAGAGACUGAAGAAGCCCCAAUUAAAGAAUCCAGAGGAAGACAACUCAAAUUCGAAUUCCACCACCAGCAAUCGAGGAGCAAGGGACAGAGCUAAGAGAGAUUUAUCCAAGCAACUAAUGGAUUCCUCAUCAGACUCUGAAUUUGAAGAUCAUGAUAGUGCUUAUGGUCCGACUACGAGGAAGGCUUGGUCUGAUUAUUGUUCUGUGAAAGGCAAAAGCAGUGCAUCUGAAGAGGAAGCCCAACCAGCAAAGAACAAACGUCAGCCAAAGAAAUUAAGGCAUAAAGUAAAUAGGAAUACCAAAGCUCAAGCUCAACAACAAGAAAAACAAGCUGCUUCCAAACCCAAAGCCAGACGAGGCAGAAUGAAGAAAACAAGAGCUAAGAAACAAAUCAAAAUUAACGGUUUGGAUCUGUUACAUAACGAAACAUUGCUAAGCACAUCACCCCAAGCAUCAGGUAAGAAGUUACCUCCUGCACCAGGUUGUGUUGACCAGCAGUUGACUACGUUAAGUUCUGAUUCAAUAGUUCAUAAUGAGCUCGACAUACCAGAACAACCAGCUGAAACACCCUAUGGUUUACAAGUACUUCUUGAUAUGUUCAAAGGUCAGUACAUGCAGAUGUUAAAUCAACUGAAAAAUCCAAAUUAUAAAAAUCUUAUUGAGGUACAAAUUGGAGAGGAGAACGAGAGAAAUAGAAAAUUGAAGAAUCGUGCAGCACAAUUGGAAAAACAAAUUACUCUUCUAAUCGAUGAUAGUGUUGCUCUGUUAAAAGCUAGAAUGAGUGAAUUGGAAAUUGAUGCUACGUCUCCUGUUGAUCUUCUUGCAAAGGCUAAAGAAAUAGUUUGUCGUCACAAAGAACUACAAGCAACAGCUAGCAAGUUACAGGCGGAAGUAACUAGUUUGGAGGGCGAACGAGACAACUUUGUAAUGCAGAGACAAGCAGAGAUUUGUGAAAAGUAUGCAGGUGCAGUAGCGUCUGGUCUAUCUCCCAAAGCUAGUCAAAAUUACAUCUUAAGAGAAAUAUCAUCAACUUUAGCCCAAAGGAAGAAACUUCAGAAUGAGGUAUCAAAGUUGGAGGGAGAUAUUCUUAGUCUUCAGAAAAAUGAAGAAAGAAAACAAGCUCAAGCACUAGCGGCUAGACAACAACAACCUGCUAAAGUUUCUAGAAAAUCUCGAGAGUAUAGAGCUCGUUCACAAGAUUGGCCUGAUGUUCCAGAUAUAGCAAAAAUUGAGGAGCAAAAUCCAGAAAUAUUGGCUCAAAAGAUAUUGGAAACGGGAAGAAAAAUUGAAGCUAGUAAAAUGUCUGCAAUAAAUAACAAAGUGCCACAAAUAAUUCAUAAUAAUCCCACUAAACAUUUACCACCUAAUAACAAUUACCCAAAAUCUUUAAUACGUAAUAUGCCUGCUCCAUUUGCUAUGACAACAAAGCGACAAAAAACUACUCACAAUUAUCCUAUGGCUAAUAUGCCCACUGUUCAAAAUAAUCAUCCAACCAAUCAUCCUUGCAAAGUCCAAGGAGCACUUCGUAUAGCAAAUUUUGAAGAUCGCCUGAAAAGCAUCAUUACUUCAGUUCUUAAUGAAGAUGUUCAAAAUAGAACUAAACAAGCUCAAACACCUGUCUUGCAAUACAAUCAAGCUCAUGAAAGACCAAUGGCCAUCGACAAGCAUAUGUCUCAGGAAAGGCACUUAACUCAAGAACGCCAUUUACAGCAUGAAAGGCAUUUAACGUCAGAAAGGCAGUUAAUUCCAGAAAGACAAUUUAACCAUGAACGGCAGUACACCUCUGAGAGGCACAUUACUGCUGAUAGACAUAUAAAUCAGGAAAGACAAAUAAGUGCUGAGAGGCACUUGAAUUCAGAAAGGCCCCUCAAUGCAGAGAGGCAUUCGAAUCCUGAAAGACAUGCGCUUUCUGAUCGAAGUUUACCUGCUGAACAGCCAGAUUAUACCCAAGUAUCACCUGCCAAGCUAGCCCUUAGAAGACAUCUUUCCCAGGAGAAAUUGGCUCACCAACAAAUCCCCUAUAAUACUGCAGAUGGAAUGGUUGCUACAAGAACAAUUGGGGACCUUAUGUCUGGUGAAAUCGAACGAACCCUUGAAAUAUCUAACCAAUCCAUUAUAAAUGCCGCAGUAGACAUGAGUGAUAUCCAGGGUACAGCAACGUUGUCCUCAAGGUCUGUGGUCAACGCCAAUUUGCCACCCCGUCCAGAAAGAGUCAAUGUUAAAGUGCCUAAUGCAGAGAUGCCUCCAUUAUCUACUUUACCACCCACCCCCAAAGAACCCGAUCCAGUGCCUAGACAGCAAGUUUACAGCCCUAUCUCUAGACCGUCUUCCACUGAAGGACUGGAAGGAUUAGCUUAUAUACAUUCUCAUUCGAAGUAUAUAACGCCACCUCAACCAAGUCCAAGACAGCAGUACUCCCCUCGGACGACUGUUUUGUAUCCCACACAACCUCCCCGACCGACCGCAGUGAAUUCGUCGUACUCAAAUGACAUGUACAUGCCUCUUCCACGUGCUGACAUCAAGCCGUACCACGAAUCAUACUUCAAUGACAACAAGUCGCCGGUUCGAGCUGAAUCUCGAAACGCCUUUAUCGCGGAAGGUUUGGCAGCGACUCUUCAAUCAAGAGCGCUUGGUGCAUCGAUAAAAGAAGAGGUUGAGAUGUACGAGCGAAGGCACGGGUUUAGCCAGCCGAGCAUAAUGGCGAACCCAAAUAACGAGGGCGUCUUUAAGAGAGAAUCACCCAUCGUGCAAGGAGGAGAUGUCGACGUAGUCGAAGAAGAGAGCGAAGAAUCAAAAUGGCAGGACCGAAUUUCUUCAGGUUUCGACCGACUAGUUGCAUUCGCCUCUACGGAAUUGGAUAAACGCCGUAGAUCUACCGAAGGAACUGAUAGUUGCAAUACGUCACCUGAUUCUGGUAUCGGCCAUGGACAUGGAGACAUUCCCCCAAGUACCAUAGUUCCCCCCACGAAGCAACAUUUAAAACUUAACCCCAACACUAAACCAACUCUUUUCAAAAUGCCUACAAGUAAGACGUACCUUGAUUCGCCGCCUAUUUUAGAUCAAGGUACUGACGAGUUAGGCCCUCCCCGUACCCCAUCACCCUCUUCCCCCAUCCGAUCUAAUAGCUUAUCAAUAAACUUCAGCCCUGAACCAGUACCUGUAGAUAGAAGUCCCACUAGGCUGAAUCCGGCUCUGUUGAAAUACCAGAGGUAUCCAGAGGACAAGAAGAAGCAUGACACACACUUCAAGAAAAAGUUCUACUACAGAGAGUGGAGGUACGACAGUUGGACCAAGGAAGAAAGGCACGACUGUGAUUCCAUCUAAUGCCAAAUUUUUAACCACGUAAACAUGAAAGUCAUUUACUGAUUUAGUUAUACAAUAUAUACAGGGUGGUGUAGAUGUCAAGUUUCGAAGAAUUUGUAAAUAAGUAAGAGCUAACAAUUUCGAGAUUUUGACAAUACAUUUACAUAGUUAAGGGUAUAUUUUAAAUAUUCAUUCCGGUAUAUGGAGCAUUUCUCAAAUAGGUGGUAAUAUUAACAGAUAUUUUAAUCAAACUCAUAUUUUAUUUUAUAUUCGAGUUUAAGAUAAUAUAAAUAAUUUAAUAAAAGUUGUUCAGGGUAUUUGAACACCUUUUAUGGCAUUUUGUUUUUUUAAUAAUCUAUUAUUAUUUUUCGAAUUAUAAGGGAGGGCAAUAAAUAGAUUAUGUUUAUAAGCAAAAUAAUUAUUUUAAAAAAAUUCUAAGAAUAUACUGCAAUAUUGCAUAUUGUUCAAGGAUGUAGUCAUUUAUAUUAAAAUUUUGUCUAUUUAUUUUACCAGCUGCUUUUGGAGCUUCUUGUACAGGAUGUCCCAAAUUGGUAUGUUUUGUAGGUAAUACCGAAAACUAGAGGAGAUAGAAUAAAAAGUAGUUAGCUGUUAUGACUUCUUUUUUCGUUAAAGUAUAAAUUGCCCAAUCAAAUCAUCAAUACCUCCAUACAUUAACAAGAUAUAGAGCGAUUAUUGAAAAAUGCCGAAAACGACAGCGUUAUAAAUCUUCUAUAUUAAGAAAAAUUUUAAAAAGUUUAUUGGAACUUUUGACAGAUAUAUUGUGGAAGAGUCCAGUAGCAUUGAUAAAUAUAAUACCAACUUAUGUUUUUUUAUAAGGGACACCCUAUAUAUUUUGACAUUUUUCGUGUACCUUUUCCUUACAUAAUAUAUCCGUCAAAAGUUCCAAUAUAGUUUUUAAAAAUGUUUCAUAAUAAAGAUCUAUAACUGUCGUUUUCGACGUUUUACUAUAAUCGCCCGCUCUGUUAUCUUGCUAAUGUGAGGAGGUAUUGAUGAUUUGAUCGGGCAAUGGUUACUUUAACGAAAAAAGAAGACAUGCCAUCUUAACUAUUUUUUUUCUAUCUCUUCUACUUUUCGGUAUACCUUCAAGAACAUACCAAUUUGGGAUACCCUGUACACUGAAACAGACUUUUAAAAUAUACCAUUAGAUUUGUAAAAUUUCUGUACAAUUACACACAGACUAUGCCACACUGUAUAUAUUAUUAUUUACAUUUUAAAGUAUUUUAUUCUUUUAAACUGUGUUGUCUUUUCAAAAAUAACAACUGCCAACAUUUUAGUCUUCUAUUUUAGAAAACUUAUUUGUAAAUUGCUUCGUUUUAAUUUUAUUUGUUAUUUUGCAAGUUAUUUUUGUUAAAAGCUCAAUUUUUUGUAUAUGUCAAUUUCAUAACAUUUUUAUUUAUUAUGUAUACUCGUUAUUUGUUUUUUCCCUGUUAAAAAGAUAUUUUUUCAUGUUUAAUUCUUGUGUUUUUAUGUGGUUUGAAGGAAUCAAUAUCGAAACACAACUCUAGACUAUAAAGAUUUUAAAUUAUAUCAUUAAACUAUUAAGUUACUUGUAAAGGUUAUUUUUUUCGACGAACAACGGACUGACAGUGAAUCUGAGUAAAAAUAAAUGUGUACAUUUGCACCAGAUAUCUUCCCAAUGACCAAUCUUAGGCGGAUGCACAUCUGAUAUUUCAUAGCAAUGAAGAAUAGUAGUCAGACAAGCGCAUAGUCUUCGAUUUCAUGGAGAACAUUGACAUGGAUUUUUUAAUACUUUAACGAGAAUUAAACUCGCAGUUCAAAUUAGUUACACUUAUUUAUUAAUGAACUGUGCAAGGUUACGAGGUUCUACAAAAUAUUGGUUAAAAACUAUCACUUCAUCACAAUAGCCAGUGUUUACACAUCAAAGAAAUACAUUAUAGGGAAUUUUGGUAAACACUAUACAUGAUAAACAAUUCACGUUUUGACAAUUGACAUCCAAAACAGGCCUAGACUUGGCAAUAAAAA